UUGCGGCGCCCCAGUGAGAGCCAGAGCAGAGCCGGGGGUUUGGGGGGAGGGCUCGGUCUUACCUGUUGAUGAAGUCCCGCCGGCUGCGGGGCGCAGAGGAGCCGCAAAGGGUUUCUUUUUUCUCACAGAAGAAAAGUCUGAAAAAGGUGCACGGCUCCAGUGGCCAGGGGGAGUGAAGGACCUCGGGGGUUUUUUUUUCCUUUCUUUUUUUUUUUUUUUUUUUUUCUUCUCCCCAGCAUUUGCAGCCUGCGCUGGGUUGGUGGAAAAUGGGCUCCCCGACCACUGCGAUCUGUGGACUUAUCCUUUCUUUGAUACUCACAUGUCAGCUGGUUACUGUGACUCAGGCCUCCAAGGUGUGGGGAGAGGUCCCUCUGCCAGAAGACUUGGAGGCGGAGAAAGAUGUUCAGGCUGCUCAGAGUUUACUAGACGAUGACGAGGACUUCGCUGCUGAUGAGGCUUCAGGAGACCUGCCCAGCGGAGAGGAUGAUGGGAGCGCGCCGUGGCCGCCGGUCUCCGAGAGCACAAUUUAUUACAGAGCUCUCGUCAACUUCACCGACUCCCUGGUGUACGGCCCUGAACUGGAGGACAUCUUCUCUCCGGCCUUUAGUGAGAUUUCUGAAGCAGUGGUGGACACGCUGGAGUCGGAGUACAACAGGAUUCCAGGUGUCCAGACAGUCAGCGUGGUCCUCAUUAAAAAGAUGAUCAGAGAGGACGGCGUUGAUGUCUUUGUCGAACUGGAUGUGGGCUCGGACUACAACACCAACGACGAGCAGAUCCGCAGCGUGCUGUACAGCGUGGUGAAGGAGGGAGCCAUCGCCUCCUACGUCACAUCAGUCCAGGGAUUUCAGUUCAGGCGGCUCGGAGAAGUAACCCCCAGUACAAGACCCUGCAUGGCAGAUGAGCACAGGUGUGGUGACGGGACAUGCAUCCUGUUGGAAUACCUGUGUGACAACAGACCGGACUGCAGAGACAUGAGUGAUGAGAUCAAUUGUGAAACGAGACGGCCCGCCCCUCCGGCUGUUACCACCCCCGCCACCACGACCACCACCGCAGCCAAGAAGCCCCCGCGCCCGCCCAGCCCGCCCGGACCCUGCAGGGCCGAUCAAGCCACGUGCCAGAGCGGAGAGUGCAUCCCUCGAGAUUACGUCUGCGACGGCGAGAGAGACUGCUCCGACGGAAGCGACGAAUUCAGAUGCGGUACUCCAUCUCCUUGCGAACCAAAUGAGUUCAAGUGUAAAAAUGGCCGCUGUGCCCUCAAGCUCUGGCGUUGCGACGGCGACAACGACUGUGAGGACAAUUCGGACGAGACAGAUUGCCCCACCAAGCGUCCCGGCGACAGGUGCGGUCCGGAGCAGUUUGAAUGCCUGAGCGAUCGCUCCUGCAUCCCGGCUAGUUACCAGUGUGACGAAGAGCCAGACUGCCCUGACCGCUCCGAUGAGUACGGCUGCACCCCCCCCUCUGUGACGAGCCCGCCGGAGGAGUCCAUUCAGGCGGCCCGGGGGUCCACGGUGAGGUUCACCUGUCAGGCUGUCGGAGUGCCCACACCCAUCAUCACCUGGAGACUCAACUGGGGACACAUUCCGGCCAGCAGCAGGAUUUCCAUGAGCACGGAGAAUGGCCGAGGCACUCUGAUUAUCCGUGAUGUGAAGGAGGCAGAUCAGGGGGCGUACACAUGCGAGGCCAUCAACGCCAAGGGCUUGGUGUUCGGCAUCCCCGACGGGGUUUUGACUCUAAUAUCAGGUCCAAAUCCAGGAAACUGUCCAGAUGGUCACUUCACAAUGAACGGUCGCUGCGUUUCCUGCUUCUGUGCCGGAAUCACAAAGAACUGCAAGGCCACCGGACGCUACCGCAACCAGAUCAGCCUGCGCUUCACUGAGGAGGAGGACUUCAAAGGAGUGAACGUCUCCUACCCGUCCAGACCGGGCAUUCCUCCUCUCUCCUCCACUCAGCUGCUCGUUAACCCCGAAAUGGAGGAGUUCCAGCUCGUCGACCUGUCGCGUCGCUUCCUCAACCUGGACUCCUUCUGGACUUUACCUCGCCAGUUCCUGGGCAACAAAAUUGAUUCCUAUGGGGGGUCGCUGAAGUUCAAGGUGCGGUACAUUCUGGCCCGCGGUCUGUCUGAGCCCGUGGAAAAGCCAGACGUGAUCCUGGUUGGAAAUGGACGCAGACUUGUUUACCGCAGAGGCAGCGGCACCCCUCCCAGUGUGGUCAACCAGAAAGAGAUCAAGUUCACUGAAGACAACUGGCAGCACUCUAAUGGCCGUGCCGUGAGCCGGGAGGACUUGAUGAUGACUCUGGCCAACCUGGACAACAUCAACAUCCGCACAAUCUACGAUAACCACAUGGUCAGCGUGGCACUGAGUGACAUCGUCAUGGACACCACCACCGUGGAGUUCAGCACUCGGGGUCACGCGAAGGAUGUCGAGGAGUGCAGAUGUCCUCCUGGAUAUACGGGCCUGUCUUGUGAGAUGUGCUCCUCCGGUUUCGAGCGUGUCCCCGGCGGCUCCUAUCUCGGCACCUGCGCUGGAUGCAACUGCAACGGACAUGCCACUGCCUGCGACCCCAUCAGCGGACACUGUCUGAGCUGCCAGCACAACACAGAGGGCCCUCAGUGUGACAAGUGUCGCCCCGGCUACUUUGGCGACCCGAGCCGAGGCCGUCCUGACGACUGCAAGCCUUGCCCCUGCCCGUACACCGAGACCUCCCGCCGGUUCUCGGACACCUGCUUCUUGAACAUUGACCAGCAGCCAACAUGUGAUGCCUGCGAGCCCGGAUACACAGGAAGACGCUGUGAAAAGUGUGCUCCUGGUUAUCAAGGCAACCCCCUCAUCCCUCAUGGAAAAUGCAUUCCUAACCAAAGCUCCAAAUGUGAUAACAGAGGAAGUAUCAGCUCCAGCAGCAGUCCGUGCAGCUGCAAGAGCAACGUGGCGGGCGCCCUGUGUGACGAGUGUAAGCCUGGAUUCUUCCAUCUAUCGGAGACCAACCCUGAAGGCUGCCUGCGCUGCUUCUGCAUGGGCGUCACCAAGCAGUGCGCCAGCUCCUCCUGGAGCAGAGACCAGGUGCGAGGAGGCGCGAACGGGCAGCUCUUCUCGCUCGCUAACAGCGCCAACACCAGAACCAUCUCUGAAGGCAUCUCUCAGCGGGGCUCGUCUGAAGUCGUCUACCGCUCCUUCUCCAGCGUCCCCAACGACGUCUACUUCUGGGUCCUGCCUGAGAACUUCAGGGGAGAUAAGGUGACGGCCUACGGCGGGGAGCUGCGCUACACCGUGCGCUUUGAACCGUACCAGCGCUCGCGGGUGAUCGACGGUCAGCCGGAUGUGGUUCUCCAAGGAAACGGCAUCUUCCUGGAGCACUACUCCCAGACCAAGCCCCUCCCACGCGUCCCGCAGACCGUCACCGUGACCUUCAGAGAGUCCGCCUGGCGCCGUGCCGACGGGCAGCCGUGCACCCGUGAACACCUGCUGAUGGCCCUGGCCGACGUCACCGUCUUCAUGAUCAGGGCCACAUACGCAGACAGCAUCGCUGAGAGCAGUAUCUCAGACAUCAAGAUGGACAUCGCAGUUUUUUACUCAACUGGAAAUGAGCGCGCGCUGGAGAUGGAAGUGUGUGCCUGCCCUCAAGGAUACAGAGGGUCAUCUUGCCAGGAAUGUGACGAGGGCUACACGCGCACCAGCUCCGGCCUCUACCUGGGCACGUGCGAGAAGUGUGACUGCAAUGGUCACGCCAGCAGCUGCGACCCCGAGACCGGCAGAUGUUUGCAAUGCCUCCAUAACACUGCUGGGCCAAGAUGUGAUCGCUGUCAGGCUGGUUACUAUGGAAACCCAUUGAGUGGUGGCGCUCAGGCCUGUCGGCCCUGCCCUUGUCCUGGAACCAGCUCCAGUCAUCAAUUCUCUGCAACCUGUCGUCUGGAGUCCGACGGUCAGCCAACCUGCGACAGCUGCCCCCCCGGAUUCACGGGCCGACGCUGUGAGAGAUGUGCCCCGGGAUACACUGGCAAUCCUUUACUUGGACAAGCAUGCUCCGUUGGCAAUGAACUUAACGGUAAUUGCUAUAAUUGUAACCAAAGAGGAAGCGACGGUUGCAACAGUGGUGUGUGCCACUGCAAGAUGAAUGUCGAAGGUCCGUCUUGCUCCAGCUGCAAACCUGGAACCUUCCACCUUGACCAGGAAAACAAAGAUGGCUGCCUGUCCUGUUUUUGCAUGGGCGUCACUCAGCAGUGCUCCAGCUCUACUCACUACAGAGACCUGGUGUCGUCGGUGUUUUCUCCAGGGAACUUCCAGGGAUUUGCUUUGGUGAACCGGCAGCGCACCAACCGCAUCUCCACCGGUUUCACGGUGGAGGUUUCCACCGAAGGCACGCAACUGUCCUACAGCAACUUUGACUACCUGGGGCAGGAGCCACACUACUGGCAGCUUCCGGCGGUUUACCAAGAUGACAAGGGUGAUGUCAGACAGCUAGACGAUGAGGUCUGGGCGCUCCUCUCUAAUUUCUCCAACGGAAGACCCGGCUCCCCUCUGUUUUUCCCCCCCUCCAAGUCCUCCUUCUCCUCCUCAUCCCGGGUCCCCACUUCCUCCUCCUCCACUUCUUCUCAAUGGUCCUUGCGAAACCUGAGCCCCCCUUCUCCUCCGUACGGUAUCUCGUCUUCUGUUAGACCGACCCGGCCUCAGCCCUACUCCCCGGGUCGCGCGCCUCACCUGCAGGUACAGAUCAGAGGCAGCCGGAGGUUUGAUGUGGCGUUUGUAAGACUAACGCGUUUAUUGCUCGUAUUAGUGACUUUUUUUUUUCUUUUCUCUUUGUUGUCUGGUUCUGCUGUGGAUCAAAAGAGCAAGAACACAUUGAGCAAGACUGCCAGCGCUCCUGGCAGAAGCAGUCAGUAUGUUCUGGUCUACAAAGGUUUCAGCUCGCAGCAGGAUGAUCUGCUCUACUGGCAGCUCCCAGCGCGGUUCACAGGGGACAAGGUGGGUUCAUAUGGAGGUAAACUGAAAUACACCAUCUCCUAUGUGUCCGGUCCGAGAGGGACGCUCCUGGAGGACGCUGACGUUCAGAUUAUUGGGAACGACAUCACCCUGGUGGCUCGUCAGCCGUGGCAGAGGAGGCAGCCGGGCAGCCGAGAGACGAAGCAGUUCGAGGUUGUCUUCAGAGAGGAAAACUGGCGCCGACCUGAUGGCAUGCCCGCCACCCGAGAGCACCUGAUGAUGGUCCUGGCUGACCUCGAUGAUAUCCUGAUCCGCGCUUCCUACUCCUCUGAAAUGCGCUCGUCCAGCAUUUCCGACAUCAGCAUGGAGGUCGCCGUGCCCAACUACAGCGGCCUGGCGCAGGCCCUGGAAGUGGAGGAGUGCCGCUGCCCGCCCGGGUACCAGGGCCUCUCCUGCCAGGACUGCGCACACGGAUACACUCGUACCGGAGGAGGCCUUUACCUCGGCCACUGUGAGCUCUGCGAGUGCAACGGUCACUCUGACUCCUGCCACCCUGAGACCGGCAUCUGCACGAGCUGCCUGCAUAACACGCAGGGCGAGCUGUGCGAGCAGUGUGCCCCCGGCUUCUUUGGCGACCCGACCGUUGGGACUCCAGAGGACUGCCAGCCGUGCGCCUGCCCUCACACUGACCCGGACAACCAGUUCUCUCCCACCUGCGAGAGCCUUGGAAAUGGAGGCUACCAGUGCACUGCCUGCCAGCCUGGUUACACCGGCCAGUACUGCGAACGUUGUGCUCCUGGAUAUGUUGGAAACCCACAGGAGAGGCAGAAGUGUCGACCAAGUGAUGUGGCAGCUGCCCUGGUUGUGAAGGUUUACCCAGAGCGAGUCUCAGCCUCACAGGGCGGCUCGGUCACUCUGCGCUGUCAGGUGUCCGGAUCUCCUCCGCAUUAUUUCUACUGGUCCAGAGAGGAUGGACGGCCCAUCUCCAGCAGCGCUGACAGACGCAGACAGGGAGCUGAGCUGUUCUUCCCCAGCGUCCAGCCGAGCGACGCCGGCGUUUACAUCUGCACCUGCAGAGAUCAGCGCAGCACCAACAGAAGCCGGGCUGAAAUUGUUGUCACAACGGGUGUCUCAACCAAACCCAUCGAGGUCACGGUGGAGGAGCCCAAGACUCAGACCAUCAGAGUUGGAGCUACUGUCAGUUUUAUCUGCACCGCAAAGAGCAAGUCACCGGCUUACACUCUGGUCUGGACCCGGAUGGGCAACGGCAAACUUCCCAACCGGGCCAUGGACUUCAACGGCAUCCUGACCAUCCAGAACGUCCAGCCCGAGGACGCGGGCGUCUACAUCUGCACUGGCUCCAACAUGUUUGCCAUGGACGAGGGCAGUGCCGUCCUCUACGUGCCAGAGGCCUCACAGACUCAGAUGUUUUACACAGCCUAUGAAAUGUUUGAAGGACACAGAAAGCCUGCAGAAGCGGCACAGCCCGUGGCCACCGUCACUCCGUCGGUGCUGAAUGUCCAACAGGGUCAGCGGGCAGAGUUUCGCUGCACGGUGACUGGAAACCCAACCCCUGCUGUCGAAUGGAUCGGAGGUCUCGGGAGGAGAAUGAGUCCCAGGGCGGUGGUUCGAGGGGGCGUGCUGACCUUCACAGCCGUGGAUCAGGCCGAUGAGGGCGAGUACACCUGCAAGGCCCUCAACACUCAUGGCGAGCACACAGCGCGGGUUUCCCUUUUUGUCCAAAGAUCUAACCCAAGUGGUCUGGGCACCCAACCCCAAGUCCAAGUCAGUCCCCAAAACGUUGAGGUCCAUGAAGGUGACACCUUGAGGCUGUACUGCCGAGCAUCAGGAGUUCCCACUCCGAAGCUCACCUGGCUGAAAAAUGGAGGACAGAUCCCCCCACAGGCCAUUCCCUCUCACGGUUUCCAUCAGUUUAAAAGCAACAGUCUCGAUGUGUUACAGAGACAUAUUGAGGAGCUGCAGGCUCGAAUGAAUCGUACUGACAUCGGUACGCUGCUCGUUCCUAACGUCAGGGUGUCUGACUCGGGCACUUACAUGUGUGUUGGAAGCAACAACAUCGGAUCAAAUAGUGCCCCCAUUAAAGUCAGUGUGCUGAAAGGCGACCACAGCUCUUCGGUGAUUAGCAUUCAGCCGUCUAUAGCUGAUGUCCAGGAAGGCCAGAGUCUGGAGCUCAACUGUUUUGCCCCCGGAAAUCCCCCUCCUCCCGUCGUCUGGACGAGAGUCAGUGGACGCCUGUCAGCAAACCACCAGGUUGUGGGCAGUCAGCUGCGGAUCCUUUCCGCCACCCCGGAGGACUCGGGAGAGUAUAUCUGCCGGGUGCAGGGCAAUGGCGGGAACUCUCACGUCCAUCAGACCUCCGUCUCCGUGUCCGUCACUUCCUCUUCUUCACGCCUGCAGAGCCCAAUCAUCGCCAUCGAGCCCCACAGUGCGUCGGUGCGCGUUGGGGAGACGGCCAGCUUCAGAUGCAGGGUGUACAGCGGAGCCCAGCCAGUCAAACUGGAGUGGAAACUCGCCAGUAACCAGCCGCUGCCAGAUAAUGUCCGAGUCAGCCCUGACGGAUCUGUUAUUACCAUUGCCAACGCUCGCCCUAUGAACCACGGUGCCUACCGCUGUCUGGCGGGGAAUCUGUUUGGCAGCACACACACCAUCGUGUCCUUGAUGGUCAAAGAGGUUCCCCUGGCCACAGUCACCCCUGCUGGGCCGGUACGGGUGAGGGUGGGCGACCCCAUCAACCUGGAGUGCCAGGCAGCGGGAGAGCCACGCCCCUCGGUCUCAUGGCACCGGCUGGACAACAACCGCAAGACCAUGCUGAGCAGCCCGGUGCCCAUGGAGUCGAAUGCAGUCCUGCAGAUCCUCGUGGCCCGUCCAGAAGACAGCGGCACAUAUGUGUGUUCAGCUCGCAACAUCGAGGGUACUACCGAGACCAGGGUGGAGGUGUUUGUUGACGGAGGAGCACAGCUGCCCUCGGUGCCCCGGGCCUCUGUUCUCGAGCCCAUGAUGAUUGUGGUGGAGGGGCAGACGGCGACGCUGCGCUGUGACGCUCACGGUUUCCCGCCCCCAACAAUCAGAUGGUCCAAGCUGCGUUCUCCUUUGCCCUGGAGACAUAAAAUAGUGGACAACAGCCUGGUGCUGCCCAGCGUGGGCCGCCAGGACUCCGGGGAAUACAUCUGCAGCGCCUCCAACAACAUGGGCGUCAGCGACGUCACCGUCAUGCUGGAUGUGGAGACUCUUCCUUACGCCACGUCUCUGCCGGAUGACGUGGCCGUGCGGGUCGGAGAGGUGAUCCGGCUGCAGUGCCUGGCGCACGGGACGCCUCCUCUGACCUACGCCUGGAGCAAGCUGGACGGAUCCCUGCCUCCGAGGGCUGAGAUCAACGGAGGGGACCUCCAGAUCAACCUGGCUACCGCCGAGGACGCUGGGACCUACAAAUGUGUGGCCAGCAACAAGGUUGGAAACAGUGAGGUAGUGGCGAAAGUCACAGUCAGAUCUCCUCUGGCAGUACGUGUUUCACCCCAAGUGGAGGUAAAGGCCCAGGGCAGCGCGGUGGAGUUCACCUGUUCGGCAGCAGGUGGGGUAGAAACAAAGAUUGAGUGGCUGAAGGAAGGAGGAGCGCUCCCUCCAAACCACCACGUCAAGGACGGCGUGCUCAGGAUUGAGAAUCUUGAACAGAACAAUGAAGGCGUUUAUAUCUGCAGAGCCAGCAGUGUUUAUGGUCAAGCGCAGGACACUGCUCGACUGACCAUCCAAGCCCUGCCGAAAGUGAUGAUCAACGUGCGCACCUCGGUGCAGACUGUGAUGAUCGGGAACUCCGUGGAGUUCGAAUGCCAGGCAGUCGGUGACCCGGAGCCCACGGUCAGGUGGAGUAAAGUUGGUGGCUCUCUGCCGGCCCACAUCAUGGUGAAAGGCGGCAUGCUGAGGAUCGACCAGGUGACGGAGGCCGACGCCGGCCAGUACCGCUGCACGGCCACCAAUGACGUGGGCUCGGUGCAGUCGCAGGUGGUCCUGAACGUGCAGUCUCUUCCUCAAAUUGCUGCUCUGCCAGAAUCUAAGGAGGUGACUGUGGGGUCUGAUGCAGUGCUGCCCUGCGUGGCUUCAGGUUAUCCUGUACCUGAGAUCAAAUGGUCAAAGCUGGAUGGGGAGCUUCCUCCUAAAUGUUUCCAGGAGGUCAACGUGCUGACGGUUCCUCGCGUCACCCACGAUGACUCCGGCACUUAUGUGUGCACCGCCACCAACAAACAGGGCAAAGUGGAAGCCUUCACUACACUUCAAGUUCACGAGAGAGUGAUGCCAUACUUCGCCCAGGAGCCGCUGUCAUAUCUCACCCUGCCCACCAUCAAGAACGCCUACAAGGCUUUCAGCAUUAAGAUCAACUUCAGACCUGAUAAUGUUGAUGGUCUCAUAUUGUACGCCGGCAUGAUCCUUUACAACGGGCAGAGGAGGAGCACCGGAGCUGAUUUCAUCUCUCUGGGACUUGUGGGUGGCCGCUUGGAGUUCAGGUUUGAUGUGGGUUCUGGCAUGGCGACAAUCCGCGACCGCAACGCCAUCAAACUGGGGGAGUUUCACACGGUCGAGCUGUAUCGCAACAACACCCUGGGAUACAUCAUCGUCGACGGAGAGGAGCCCAUCAAUGGCAGCUCACAGGGCAAGUUCCAGGGUCUGGACCUGAAUGAGGAGCUGCAUGUCGGCGGAUACCCCAACUACACCCUCCUCGCUAAAACUGCUGGGAUUAAGACGGGUUUUGUCGGCUGCAUUCGACAGCUCAUCAUCCAGGGCGAUGAAGUUAUCUUUAAAGACCUGGACCGCAUCUCGACUGGCGUCACCAACUGUCCCACCUGCAAGGACCACCCCUGUCAAAAUGGAGGGCGAUGCGAGGAUUCCGAUGCCAGCUUGUAUAAGUGCAGCUGCCCCCGAGGAUUCACAGGAAGCAACUGCCAGCACCACUCGUCUCUGCACUGUCACUCUGAGGCCUGUGGACCAGACGCUACUUGCAUCAACCGGCCGAAUGGACUUGGCUACGACUGCCGUUGCCAUCUUGGCAAGUUUGGAAAUAAAUGCAUGGAAGGGGAACUGGUGACCACUCCUUUGUUCGACGGCGACGAGUCAUACAUCGCCUAUCCGCCGCUGACCAACAUCCACGACGACCUGCGCGUCGAGCUGGAGUUCAAACCUCUGGAGAGGGACGGCCUCAUGUUCUUCUGUGGUGGGAAAAAAAUGAAGGUGGAGGACUUCGUCGCCAUUUCUAUGGUGGACGGACACGUGGAGUUCAGAUACGAGCUGGGCACAGGCCAGGCCAUCCUGGUCAGUCCGGAGCCGGUCUCUCUGGGUCAGUGGCACAGAGUUGUAGCAGAGCGGAACAAGAAGGCCGGGCACCUGAGGGUGGACCACGGCACCGUGAAGAGGAAGACGUCUCCAGGAAAAGCCCAGGGCCUCAACAUUCACACCCCCAUGUACCUGGGAGGCGUCCCCAACAUGGACAUCCUGCCCAAACCUGCCAACGUCAGCGAGAUGUUCGAAGGCUGCAUCGGAGAGGUCUCCAUCAACAACAAGAAGGUGGAUCUUUCCUACAGCUUCACAGAAAGCAAGUCUAUCGCCAAAUGUGUGGACAACAGCCCCUGUGACCGCCGGCCCUGCCUCAACGGCGGCCACUGCAUGUCCAAUGUUGAGUACGAGUACCAGUGCCUCUGUAAGGACGGAUUUGAAGGUGAGCGCUGCGAGGUGGUGAAAGACGUGUGCCAGAGCGACCUCCAGUGCCAGAACGGCGGCAGCUGUGUGGACGGCCAGUGUGCGUGCGCGCCCGGGCACACGGGCCUCAACUGCGAGGAGAGCCAGGUCUCCGGCUUCCCCGAGGCCCCCUGGAAUUUGGAAGCUGGCGAGGCAAAUGACUCACCCUUUCAGUAUGCGGCUCAUUUCCAUGAUGACGGAUACAUUGCCCUUCCAAAAUCCAUUUUCCCUCGAAGUACCCAUGACUCAUCAGAAACCAUUGAAAUGGAAAUCAGCACCAGCUCCGCUGAGGGUCUGAUCCUGUGGGAGGGGGUGGAGACCACUGGCGCACGCAAUUUGCGAAAGGUGCAUGCUAGUAAAAAGGAACUGGGUGAACACGGCAAAGGAAAAGACUUCAUAAGCCUCGGGCUGCACAAUGGACAUAUUGUUUUCAGUUACCAGCUGGGAAGCGGAGAGGCAGAGAUCUCUUCCCCAACGCCCAUCAAUGAUGGACGAUGGCAUAAAAUCACUGCAGUGAGAACUGGAAAAGAUGGAUACAUCCAGGUUGAUGGAGGAGCCACAAUACACGGCCAGUCGAGAGGCAGAAGCCUCAUGGUCAACACCAAAGGGAGUAUAUACCUUGGUGGAGCCCCACACAUGACCGCCAUGACGGGGGGGAAGUUUUCGUCGGGAAUGACGGGCUGCGUGAGGAACCUGACCCUGAUGAACGCUCGGCCGGGACAGCAGCCGUCCCAGGCCAUCGACCUGCAGGCGCACGCCGCCCACGGCGUCAACGUGCAGCCCUGCUCCUCAUAGACUGCAGCAGGAACACACACACGUACACAGGGAGAGACUACGGAGGGAUGUCACACACACACACACACACACACACACACACACACACACACACACACACACACACACACACACACACACACACACACACACACACACACACACACAGAGCCUGACUCCAACUUGGUGCUUUGCUGCUAACAACAAAAAAAAACAAAAGGAAAAAAAAGACAGAAAAUCAUGCGUCUCUCUGUGUGCAGUUAAGCCAAAAAAAAAAAAAAAAAGGAUGGAGAAUUUUAAACCAUA